GCUUGCUAUGGGAACUGAGCAUGCGCAAAGGCCGACAGGGUAGAGAACGCAGCAACAAACAUGGCGACUACUGCGGCAACCCGCGGUGCAGCUGGCGCUGUCCGAGUCGUUAAACCAAUUUUCAGUCGAGACCUGGAUGAGGCCAAGCGACGUGUUCGGGAGCUCUACAGGGCCUGGUACCGAGAAGUGCCAAACACAGUUUCAUUAUACCAGCUGGACAUUACGGUUAAGCAGGGCAGAGACAAAGUGAGAGAGAUGUUUAACAAGAAUCGACACAUCACUGAUCCCAGAGUUAUUGACAUGCUUGUCAUCAAGGGUAAGAUGGACCUGCAGGAGACCAUACAUAUUUGGAAGCAGAAGACUCAUAUCAUGCGGUACUUCCAUGAGACUGAGACCCCUCGCCCAACAGACUUCCUGUCGAAAUUUUACUCUGGGCAUGACCCUUGAACUCUGUCACCCCUUCCCCUCAUCCUAUUUCCAGUGUAACUAGGAGUUUCCAAUUGUUGAUCUGUAAAUAUACACCAUGAUACCCGA